AUGAGUCUUCGCUCGAUACUCGGUGGCUCAAGGAUCAAGAAGCGUAAACAAGGGGCUGGAAGUCACCCGCAAACUGCCUCUGCCUCAUGGCACGCCUCCCUUCCUCGCACCAAGGCAGCGGCGGCUGUUCAGCCCAAGUUGAAAGGCGGCCGCGCUGAUGAGGACCUCUUCGGCGACAAACUUGACGAUGUGGGAUUGAUACAAUGUCUAUCCACUGACCUUUCCCUGCGCGAUGUGCCGCAGGUCAUGCGGCAUGUUCGCAAUCGCAUGUUCGACCCCGUUCCUGAGCGUGCCAGCGGCAUGAACUCGACCCGCACUGCCGAGGUGCUGAAUUUUCGGCGCAAUCUCCCGCCCAUCUCGACAACUGCACACCUUCACGCAAUCCUCCCCCGGCCUUCUGUGACCGAUCGCGAAAUAGCAGAGCUGACCCGCGCUGGCAUCGUGCGCAAAAUCGUCGUUCCGCGCCGUGGUGCCGCUGGAGAGGCGCUGGUCGAGAUGGCGGAUAUCGAGCGUCUGAUACAAACGGCGCAAACAUUGGGACCCGCGACAAAAGAUGCGUUUCUUGAAUGGCUGAGGGAGAGUCCAACCUCGCAGAGGCUGCCCCGGGGAAGGUUAGAUGCAAAGGUGGCCGAUGAGCUUGUGCGCGCUGGUUUCCUCACAUCCAGCAUCCAGGGGACAGGUGCCUCCGAGGGUCUGUUCGCGCGGCCAGAGGAUCGCACGACGUUUAUGAGUCUUGAGACGGUGGCGCGGGCAGCCUCCGGCUCGGUGGGUGCUGUCGGUGGCCAGGGUGCUGUUCAUGCUGCGGGCGGAUCUGGAAACCGUGCCAGAGGAGAAGCAGAUCUCGGCGAUUUGUCCCUGGCCAUCCCCGGCAAUGGAGCAUUCAUCAAGUUGGUUUCGUCGGCCCUUGAUCAAUUGACAGCCAUUCUCUCGAGGUGCGCUUAUCGCGAGGCGCCCGAGGUUUUGCUUCGUGAAAAAUGGGACGGCGGCGUUGUGCGAGACGCGCAAGAAGAAGCUAGGAGAUCGCGCGGCGAAUUCAGCGGCAUUCUCCCCGGCCGGACGAGGAAGUGGAAGACGUUUCACGGCCUCAACUUUGACUGGCUUCUGGCGGAGGCUGUGGGCUCCGGAUUGGUUGAAGUGUUUCAAACGCGAACUGUUGGACGAGGUGUGAGGUUACUCUGA